CUCAAAUGCCGUAAAGCAGCAGUCGCAAAACUUCAAAAUGGCGACCUCCUUUGCGCAACGUUAUUUACUUUCUCGUUCAUUUAUUUACCAUCUAAUAUCUCAACAUGCGAGAUUCAAGAGUGUUAAAACCAGCAGUUUCUUAAAACAGGUCAUCUAUUCAAGUCUUGGCUACACGUUGCGAAGAGAUAAUUCACAGGUUGCCAGAGUACAUAUUCCUAUCGAUCGGCUCAAAGUAUCGUACUGUCGAAGCGGUGGUGCUGGAGGACAGCAUGUCAACAAAGUCAACACAAAAGCGGAGAUCAGAUUCCAUGUGCAGACAGCGGACUGGAUCCCACUAGAUGUUCGACAAAAAAUCAUUGAAUUGAGCAAGAACCGCAUCAACAAGGCAGGGGAGCUUCUGGUGACGUCGGAGCUCAGCAGGACCCAGCGGCGCAACCUUGAGGACUGCAUCGACAAGAUCGCCGCCAUCAUCGCUGAGGCCAGCGAGAAGCCGCGCGAGCCCACGCCCGAGGACAUUGCCCUGCGGGCUGUCAGACUAAAGAAGAUGAACAAAGAGCGACUGCAACAGAAGAAGCUCCACUCAACCAUCAAGCAGAGCAGACGCGUCGAUUUCGACUAAUAAUGACCUAGGAAUAGAAUAUUGUUUAAGGUUAUUUGUACCUCAAGAUUCGGAAAGAAUGUGUAUUUAAAGGGAAGGCCGCCAGGGGGCGCUGGAGGGCCCGCCAACUUGUUCGAAAGUGUUUCAAAACAUUGUAUAUUUUAAGGUUUCAUCAUGCAAUACCAUUGUAAAAAAUGUAUAUAUUUAAUAAAUGAUUAUUGUACACCGUAACAUCUAUAUACUGAAUUAUUUACUAAUGGUGUUACAUUUCCUUAGUGUGCUCAAGUCAAAGAGCCUUAAUAUUAACAUCAAGGCUUUAUUAAAAAAUAUAUAUAUUGUAUUGUGGAUAGUAGGCCUGUAUUAUUUAUUUAAUCCAUAUCACAUAAGGUUUGGUUAAGAUUUUUUUAAUACAGGCAUCAAAUUCCCCCAUUUGGAAGCAAACCAGGAACCUUGACCUUUGCCCUCCCCUGCUGCCAGAAACCGCUGAACUGUUAUUAGAGAUGUUAUUUUUAAUAACAUGAUUAAUAGCCAUUUUUUAUAGAGCUUUGCAUACCUAAAGGUAUGCUCGUUUUGUUAUUCAUAGGCCUUAUUUUCCUUCCUCUUCCGGAAGGUGAUCCCUUGCUUUUAUCUUUGGCAGGACCCACUAUUUCUUGAUUGUCCCAAAUACUUUUUUCUACAAAAAUGUUUAGUUUUUUGGUAAACUUCAAGGCUGGUAUUUUGGAAGGGUAAUAUUGGACAGAAUUGGUCUUUUUGGUUUCGCUGCUGCUUGUCAGAAAGGCUCUUGGCAACGGUUGUGGAACGAUUGGAUUGUACAGUGUUUUCUGUUUUACCUGUAGAGGCUAAAAACAACAACACAACUAUCUACACCACAUCUGCACUCCUAUUAGUUUCGGUCAGAAUGGACAAAGUAACUAUCCAUUCUCGGUUUCACAACAGUUGCAAACAAGACAGCGAAAACCCAGCCAUUGAGUAGACCACUUCUCAUGCUUUUAUUUUAGCAUUCACAAUAAUUAAAAACAUCUUGAUUUAUUAUACAUGUACAGGAUAAGUACAGAAUCUCUCCUCUAAAACCAUGAGAGUGGGUCCCUGCCUUUUUUUUUUUAGAAACCCUUUGCAGAAAAAAAGCAAUCAACACGAACAACAUGAAUGCAGUGAUGGGAAAGGUGUACUGUUUUAGUGAGAAAAACAAGGGGAAUGAACCCAGUGGGCCAUACAGAAGAAUUGGAAAGUAAAAGUAAAACACAUUGGCAUGGAAAUGAUAACCCAGAGGUAAAUGCUCUUUGCUACAAAGACAUGGUUGCAAGCAUCAGAUCUGUAUGUGUCACUGUUUAGGACCUCUGUCAUCGAACCAACACUGAAGAAGAAAACAAUUGCACUGCAUAGAAAAAAAGAACGUUAAUUCAAAUCCGUUAGCACCAAAGUUUCUGCAGGCAUUAGUGGCAACAUUAUGGGAGUGAUGUAAUCUAUUGAACAUCAAUAUCCGGGCCUCUGAGUGGAUAAUGGCACCGUGAAAGGCUUUUGAAUCCCCCCUAGCCUGGGCCAAUUGGCUUGUUGUGUAAAAUGUACCCCCUUGUGUGAUGAAAAGUUCGGGUGGACUUCUAAUAUGAGGUAGCCAUUCAAAAUGAACCAAAAUGGAGAUGACUUUGGAGGUCUUGUUCUGUGGUUGUCUGUCUCGUGGUCUGGGCAGCAGCUAAGCUGUUUCUUUCAGAUGUAAAAACAAGAAGACGCUGCACACUUUUUACAAUUUAUUUAACACCAGAAAAUGGUACACAUCAUUUGUUGUCUUCAAUGUCCUUCUGCAGUGGUAAAAAAUUGGCAAAAGUCACCUGUGGUUCAUCAUGUGGAACUUUUUUGUUUGCUUGGUUUGUUUUUCAAACUCCGGGGGGAAAUUUUACACAAGUAUAUAUUAUUUUCUU